CCUUCUUCUCUCUCUCUCUCUCCCCACUUUCCAGAAUCCUUAGCCUUUUCUUUCAACAGUAAAUUUAUUUUAUUUUAAGUAUUUUUUCUUUUUAAUUUUUUCUAUUUUGCCACCCCCUUUAUUCAUAGUCUGCCACUAUAAUCAUCACUUCUUGUACCCUAGUAUCUAUUUACAAUACUCAGCUCUCUUCCUGAAACCUCCCUUCUCUCAUUAAUUUUACUGUUUGUCUCUGUCUCCGUCUCUUUACAUUUAUAUAUAAUCUUUUUGUACACAUAAUAGAUAUAAAUCAAGAAGAGGUUAUUGAGUGGGUGGUGGAGAUAGACAUAGAGGUUUAAAGAAAAGAAAAAAAAAAAAAAAAAACCAUCUUUCUGUUUCUUUCUUUAUUCCUUAGUUUUGAUUGCAUGGAAUAGGUUUUUAAUAUAGGUUGAAAGAGAUUAUCUGAAUUGUGUUGUAGACUUGCUCAGAUAAUCAAUCCAUGGCUAGAUAGUAAGAUAGCGACUUGAAGAAUAAUCCAUCAUCAUCAUCUCUUCACGAGAUCUUAUUUUCUCACUUUUGCCUUGCCUCCUUAUCAAUGAUCCCCUUCUGUUUCUGUAUGUCACUGCCACCUGCUGUUCUUCUUCAAAAAAGCUAGCUAGCUCCGUUUAGUUUAGUUUAGUUUAGUUUUGUUGCGUUGUGUUGUGUUGUUAAUCUUUUGUUCUUUUUCCAUCAAAUUGUUCGUUCAAGUUCAAUAUAUAUAUCAAACAAAACAAAAAGAUCAUAUUUUGUGAAGUGGGUUUUCUUGUUUUAUUUUGUUGGAGUUUUCGUCUUUCCCAGAAACUAGUACUCAUGUUUGCUGCAGCCAUGUCGAAUUCAACUUCUUUAUCUGAAGAAGCUAGUGUUUCUUCCGGUACUAGAAUUCAGGACUUCGGUGCUGGCGGCUUAAAUCCAUCGGUUUCCCCUCAGCAGCCACAGAAGAUCAAGAAGAAGAGAAGCCUUCCCGGAAACCCAGACCCGGAUGCUGAAGUGAUUGCAUUAUCUCCGAAAACUCUAUUGGCUACCAACAGAUUUGUGUGUGAGAUCUGUAACAAAGGGUUUCAAAGAGACCAAAACCUCCAACUUCACAGGAGAGGUCACAAUCUUCCAUGGAAGCUAAAGCAAAGAAGCAGCAAAGAAAUCAAAAAGAGAGCCUAUGUUUGUCCAGAGCCUUCUUGUGUUCAUCACCAUCCUUCGCGAGCUCUAGGUGACCUUACAGGAAUCAAGAAACACUAUUGCAGGAAACAUGGAGAGAAGAAAUGGAAGUGUGAGAAAUGCUCCAAGAUCUAUGCUGUUCAAUCGGAUUGGAAGGCUCAUUCUAAAACCUGUGGGACAAGAGAAUAUAGAUGUGACUGUGGAACCCUUUUCUCCAGGAAAGAUAGCUUCAUAACCCACAGGGCAUUUUGUGAUGCAUUAGCUGAAGAAAGUGCAAGAAUCUCUGCAAGCCAACUAGCCAAUCAAAAUCAUUCUUCUUCUCUCUUCCCUUUCACCACUCACAUUGCCCCAACUCCAUGGGAUCAUCCAUCUCAUCAAAACCCUAACCCUAAUAACAGUAAUCCUCAAACUCAAAACCCAGUUCAUCAUAUCAAGACUGAAUCUCACCAUUUCCAUAUCCCAUCUCUCUCUUCCUCCUCACAAUACUUUCAAGAAGUACAAACUCAAAAUCACAAGGCCUUGAUUGAUUCACAAUCUCCCUUCCAAAAUCUGCAUGUGAACACGCAGCCAACUGCCACGUCAGCCCACCACCACCACCACCAACUGUCAGCCACUGCACUCCUCCAGAAGGCGGCAACCGUGGGUGCAACUCCUCCUGGACAGCAACAACCUCAGUCAAUAGGACACAUGACGGAACUCAACAUUGGUGAUUUGGCUCAGAUUGAUCAUCAUUCAGUGACUCACAACAACAUCUCACCCGAAACCUACAUGGGAGGGUUCACGUCAGGCAACCUCUCCACGUGGCAGAAGACCGACCGCCUGACCCGGGAUUUUCUUGGACUCACUGGCGACGGCAAUGGCAACGAAAACGUUAACGUGAGGGAUGUUUUAACGUACAACACAGGCUUAGAGUACCACCACCACCACCACCCAAAUCUAUCACUGUUGAAACCUCAAAGUUUCGGAUUCCAUGAGCCUCACGCCUCCGAAACGUGGGGCGACUGUUGAAGAAGUAGAAGAUGAAAGGCAAAAGCUAUAGCUCUAAACAAAGAGAAAAAGAAUCGAAAGGGAAAGGUUAAAACAGUACUUUUAAGCAUUAUCUUUAAUUUAUAUAUAUAUAUAUAUAUAUAUCUUCUUCAGUGACAGAAGAAA